AUGCAGUCGGUACUUUGUCUUUCAUUACUAUGUGCAUUCUUUUUAUCCUACUUGGCUAGUGCAUUACAUAUGGAGAUUCCAGCACUUGCUAAUCCUCAUCCUGUAUGCAUUCGUGAUUUUGUUCAAGAGAAUCAGAUGGUGGUGGUUAAUGUAUAUACCGAUGGCUACAAAGGGGAUAAUCAGAGAUUAGAUAUGAAGAUCACCGACUCAGUAGGUAACACUUAUGCAACAAGGAAAAACAUUGUAGGUAAUGUCAAGCUUGCGUUUACAUCUCAUAACAAUGCAGCUGUGGAUAUUUGUUUUAAAAACUAUCAAGAAGCAAAAUGGAAGAAACACGGCUCAAGAGAUUCCUCUGUGCGGUUGGUGGAAUUGGAGAUUGAGAGCGGAGCUGCUGCGAGAGAUUGGAAUGCUUUACAAGCAAGUGAAAAAUUGAAACCCAAUGAAAUAUCGUUGAAAAAAAUUGAAAGUCUAACUGGUGAAAUUGUACAAGAAUUGCAAUAUUUGAAAACUAGAGAAGAAAGAAUGAGAGAUACUAAUGAAUCAACAAACUCAAGAGUCAAGUGGUUCUCGGUGAUAAUUAUUGCUUCUCUUGUUGGAUUUGGAGUUUGGCAAAUUCAAUAUUUGAGACACUACUUCAAAGUCAAACACAUCAUUUAG